AUGGAGGGGCUGCCUUCGGGUGAUAUACAAGCUAAAUACCAGAAAUUGGCAUCUGAAUAUUCUAAACUACGAGUGCAUGUUAAGGUGCUAAAAAAGGGGGUGUUGGAUGAGCAAGCGAAGUCAAACGAGUUGCGAGAUACGUUGAAAGAUAAAGAGAAGUCGUUACGUAAAGGAGAAUUGGAGAUAGAUUCUCUAACGUUCAGGAACCAGCAGUUGACACGGCGCGUGUCCGUCCUUCAGGAUGAACUCGAUGCGUUGCAGUUGAAAUUGACAAAAAAAUUUAAAAGUAAAGGCGAUGACAAGCAACCAGCAGCCAGUAAUCCUUUGCCUCUGGACUCUGGACUGUUGCAGGAGGAGCUUCAAAAGAAAAUUAUUGAAAAUGCACAAUAUGCAUCACAGUUAUCAGACAAAGUAUUUGAAGUGUCCCAACUCAGGGCAACUCUAGAAGAUUACCAGAAACACAUAAAUGAAUGUGAUAGCAAAUACAAAUGUGAGAUAGCUAAACUGAAGAAUAAAAAUCAAGAACUACAGCUAACAUUAGAAGAAGUUCAGAAGGAAAGACUAGGUGGUACUCCAAACAAAGCCCAUUUACCGGGCAGUAGUCAGGCUGCGAGUUGUAAUGGUGACUUCCUGUCAGAAGGUGGUAGUUUGGUUGGGAGUGAGGAUGCAUUAAGUUCUGUUGACGAUUUGAAUGUGACAGAACAACUUAGUAUGAAAGCACAUACAUUGGAUCAGGAAAACCAAAAACUGAAAAUGGAAUUCGAAAUACUUCGAAUGGAAAACGAGAGUUUAAAAUUAGAAGUAGCUAAAUACGUAUCGGCGUCGCAGAAGCGUCGUAGUGACGGCCAUGACUCUGGUGACUUCAAUAAUUUUGGAGAAACCACUGUGGAUUCUGAGGGUAGAAUCACUGGCCUGCUGGGAAGCCUCGAAGUUCCAUUCCUAUUAAAUCAUGAAGUCGAAGCAAGAGAAGAUAGAAUGAAGACAUACUUUAGGAAUAAGAUAAGCGAGUUGAAAGCUGAAAAAGAGGAGUUGAAAAGCAAGACUGAACAUUAUGUUAAAGAGUGUGAGAUGCUGCGUCUCAGAUUUGAGGAGAUGGAGCGGGAGAAGGCGACGGACGAGCAUACAUUACACGAGAAACAUAACACUAUCAGUAGAUUGGAAGAGGAGCUUCACUCAACAUCUCACAACUACGAAGAACAGAUGUCCGUUCUCACGGAACACGUGGCUGGUCUCAACGAACAGCUAGCGAAGCAGCACGACGCUAUACAACAGCUGAAGCACCAACUAAGCACAAGGAGAAAAUAA